UACUAACAAAAUAAAAAUCUUUUACUAUGCAAGAAACUUUCAUUAAAGAGUGUACCACUUCUACCACCACCACUUCCGCCACCACGGCCACCACCAUCUCCGCUUCCCCCUCAUGCUCUUCUCCGACAAAGAGUACCACCAAAAUUGUGACAAAAAAGGGCACCAAGCGGGUCUUAGAAGAGAAAAAUGACAAUGACAAUAACAAGAAGGCUAAGAAUGGUGGUGGUGGUGGUGGUGGUGGUGGCGGUGAUGAGAAGCACCCGGUUUAUCACGGUGUACGAAUGCGGAGUUGGGGCAAAUGGGUAUCCGAAAUCCGGGAGCCGAGGAAGAAGUCAAGAAUAUGGCUUGGGACUUUCGACACACCUGAAAUGGCAGCUCGAGCCCACGAUGUGGCUGCCAUAGCAAUCAAAGGCCACUUGGCUUAUCUCAACUUCCCGGAGCUGGCUCAUGAACUGCCCCGUCCAGCAUCCAAGUUUCCGAAAGACAUUCAAGCCGCGGCAGCCAAAGCAGCCGCCCUAGCUCCACCGAGAAGCCAUGAAGCCGAAGCUGAUCAGCUGAUGGCUCCAAUCUCCCCGGAUUCUACUGCAACUUCACAUGACACUAUUGAGUCAUCAACUUCACCUCCAAAUUUCAUCAGUGAUCCGUUUUUCGAUUUGCCUGAUCUCUUCUUCGACGUUAAUUAUCAAUUUGAGGAGUUCUGCAGCGCAGCCUUGCCGUGGCAGCUGGCUGGAGCCGAGUCUGUUGAUAGUGAAUGUUGGCCUGAACAACCUUCUUUAUGGGAUUAAUGUUCUUUGCUUCUCAAGUUCAAAAUUUGCAAGAUGGUUGCCAAUGUUGGUGCUUCUCCGAAUUCAAGCAAAGCCCAAAUCAAGAAGCUCAAGUUUGAAUCGUUUGAUAACAUUACACCCUUUUGGUUUGCCAAAUUAAUACUUGAAGACUCAAAAGGUUCUUGAACUCACAUCCCUUUUUUCUUUGUGAACAUAAAAUAAGUUGGAAAAAAAAAAAAAAAAAAAAUUAUAUCAUCCUCUUGAUUUGGUGUGAAAUUAACUUGAACUACAUAGUUUUUCUCAAUGUAUUCUAGAUUUACCACUUUCUGGAUUUAGAAAUUCAAAUAAUAUAUUAAUGGAAUUCCAAGACAUUGCAUGCGAAAUCAUGUAGGAAUUUA